UCGAACGCAGCCAAAUUUAACGCCAAACCAGAACCGGUUUCACUACAAAUUCUCUGACCAAACAACACCGCCAAUACGGAAAGCGAAACGGCUCAAGAAGGCUGUAAAACUGCGCGCUGACGCCGAUUUAAGUAUUAAUUUUAGGCAUAAGUCUUUUGGCUCUUUCCGCUUUCCGUUGUUUUAGCUGUGUGGAUGCGCGCGCAUGCGACUUUGACGGGGGAACGUGAAUUUGAAGAGCAACUGAAUCGGAUGCAACACCCCGUAGAGCAGCCGUUUGUUUACAGAGAUGGCAGAUGUGAAAACUCUGGACUGUUUCCCCGAAAACAUUUUAAUAGAGAUUUUAUCCUAUUUAAAUGUCCGAGAACUUGUUCGCAAUGGAAGGUACACCUUAAGAAAGAAAGAAAACAAACCCAAGGAGACUUACACUCGUUUAAACCUACUAAAGCUGUUUUUUUUGAAGAGAGUGUGCAAGCGCUGGAAGCGGUUAGUGAAAGACCAGAGACUGUGGCGUGUUGUAGACCUUUCAACAUGGAAAGGGGUGACUUCUCGUGUGCUAUGGGUGUUAUUACGGCAGUAUCUGGGUCGAGGUCUGCGUUAUCUGCGUCUGCGCGGUUUGCUGCUGUCUGCGCGUGGCGGUGCUUUCCUCUCUGAGCCCUGGCUGCAGACUCUAGCUUCCAAAUGUCCUCGCCUCUGUAGGCUCAGUCUACUGCACACUGACCUGCGUGCCCUGCCCAGCUGCUCUCUCCUCCCUCCAACCUUACAAAUCUUGGAGCUGCAUGGCUGUGAGGUCCCUACUGGUUUCUUUACUCAGAAUCCCCCUGUGACAUCUGAGCCAGACCAUCCUGUGGUGGCUGCUUCCAAUGUCCAAAACAAAUGUCCAGUGUCCUUAUCCUCCUCAGGCAUCACCAUAGAAACACUGAUUUUAGACAAUGUGCCAUCGUUCACCAACCAGCACCUGCAGAGUCUGAGCUCGUGGGGGCGGCUGAGCCGGCUUGAGCUUCGGGACAUGAUCCGGGUGACGGCAUCCGGACUGAGGUCUUGUGCUCCCCCAGGUGUGCAGGCACUAUCCCACCUCAAGCAUCUGGAGAUGAAUACAGGGAGCCGCCAGCAGAUGGCAGCGCUGGGGCUGGGAGAAGGCUGGGUGGGGCUGGAGGGUCUGGGGCUGGGGGGCCGGGAGGUGAGCCCUGGCCUGCUGUGCUUGAGCCGCCUGCCGGACUUACGCUGGCUGCGUCUGCGCAGCUGCAGGCUGACCGAGAUGAUGGUCCUGCGAAGCUGCCGGAUGCUGAAGGAGCUACACAGGCUGGAGUUUUGGCAGGUGGAGUUUGUGAUUGAGAGCAGACGAGGAGAAACAGAGGGAGGAGGAGAGAGAGAAGAGAGCGAAAGAGAGAGGGAGGAGAGCAGCGAAAACGACCCAGUGCCUAAUCUCAGACGCUCACUGGCCACUCUGCUGCCCAAGUGCAGUGUCCUGUUUACACAGUGUACAGUUACAGAAAACAUGGACUAACACGUGCUAGAACAUUGUCAUAAAUACAGGCUCAGAACAAACUGACAUCAUCAAAGCCUCAAACAAUACCAGGAAUAUUCUCUAGAUGUGCAUUACUAAAGAAUAAAGAUUUUUCCAGCUGCAGACUAAUUCUACUUCUGAUUGAGAACUAUAGUUUACAUUGGACUUUAAUGGCUAGUUCGAAGGAACAUUCCAGCAUUCUAACAUAAUCUCUCUCUGCUGUAUCUGCAUCAUACCACUGAUUAAUAUAGAUGAUAAUUUCGAUUGGUUUUCCUGUACCUAGCAAAGCACUGAGGCCCAUUGUUGACAGUUGCUGAAUUCUUUGGAUGGACAUUUGGUAUAUAUACUAUAUAAUGUGUAAUAAUGAGAAUGACCAUUGCACUCUUAAAGGAAUGGUUCAGCAAAAAAAUCAGAUGUACACAAUUUUCCAUGUAACCCAGAUGUGGUCGUUUAGCAUCUUUAGUGUCCAAAUUUUGCUUCUUUAGUUUAAACUAGAGCUACGAAGCUAGCAGGUUUUGACUGUUGACUAUUGCUAGUGCUUGUUAGCAGUAUUAGCCUCAUAACUCUAGUUCUGAACUUAAGAAUCAGACUUGUCAGACAUGUCUUGGGGAGGAAAAAAAAAUAGUGAAUGUUUUCACUAAAACAUUUCUUUAAGGGUACAGAUCUGAGAAUAUACUACAGGAUGAGAGAAAAUCUUCCCAAAGUUUCAUUCAACUUUUAAACAGAAGAGCAAUACAGUAAGAAAGCAGUUCUGGUUACAUUUGCUUUUCCUAAAGCUUUGAGGAAUCCAUGAUCAGACAGUGAAAACUCCAACCACAUUACUGCUGGUAACAAAUUACCACAAGUUCACUACAUUAGUCCUGUCUCUGAAAGAGCAAAUUAUAAACAUUUAAGGCUUUUUUAUGGAACACUUUCAUACACUUUUCGUAAAUGCUUACUGACAGAAUUCAGCAACUGCCCAUUGACUUCUGUUAUAAGUGUGCUUUGAAUCACCAAAUUUUCUGUUCUGUUAAUGGAAAAGCAACAUAAUUAUCAUCUGUGGUAGUCAACCAUACACUCCAGGUGAAGCAGAAAGAGGUCAGGUUGAAAAAAAAGCUGGUGUAUUUCUUCAACACCUGUGACCUUGAAUGAUCUUCAAACAAGAUAUGAUAAUAUGCACAAAGAGGGUUGUGUUCAGGGCUGUACAAAUGAGUUUUAAAUGAUUGAAACUCUAGAAUAAAGCUAUGAAAUCUG